UAUCAAAUCACGCUCUUGAUAUCGAUAAACGGAGGAAAAUAAAUAAAUAAAACUAUAAUUUAGCAAAAGUGUCCAUUUCGCUGUAAAACGCAAGGCCAACCAGCGUAGCAGGCCGCGCCCACAAACUAGGCAGAGUGCGGGACCAGGAUUAGUCAUCGCACAACCAACCCACCCACUAAUUAGCUGAAAGCCUUGAGUUCCCUGGGGGAAACGCCUGGAAAAUGGGCAAUAAACAGAUUAAACAACAUUUGGAGACGGCGCAGAAGACGGGGAUCCUGAAGAUAUCCCUGCAGCGCCUGCAGGAGUUCCCACCGCAACUGAAGGCCUACCCGAACGUGCUGAAGACCCUGGAUCUCUCCGAGAAUCGCUUCGAACGGGUGCCCGACGAGCUGGGCAAGCUGACGCUGCUGAAGCACCUCAAUCUCAGCGGCAACCGACUGGUGGAACUCAACGAGGUGGUCGGCGAACUGGCCAAGCUGGAGGUGCUCCUGCUGAUGGACAACCUGCUGACGAAGCUGCCCAAAACGCUGGCCAACUGCACGCACCUGAAGACGGUGAACCUGAGCAACAACCAGCUGAAGGAGUUCCCCUCCAUGCUGUGCGGCCUGAAGCAGCUGGACGUGCUCGAUCUGUCGCGGAACAGGAUCACCGAGGUGCCCUCCGAGGUGGGCGGUCUGUAUGUGACCGAGCUGAACCUGAACCAGAACCAAAUAUCCUCGCUGGCCGAGGACGUGGCCGAGUGUCCCAAGCUGAAGACCCUCAGGCUCGAGGAGAACUGCCUGCAAGCGACGGCCUUCACGCCCCGCAUCCUGAAGGACUCAAAGAUCUGCAACCUGGCCGUCGAUGGCAAUCUGUUCAACUCCAAGCAGUUCACCGACCUCGAUGGCUACGACGUCUACAUGGAGCGCUACACGGCGGUCAAGAAGAAGAUGUUCUAGAUGCGGAUGAACUCCCAUUACCCCCAAUCAGUCCCCUUUUUUUGUGUGUUUCCCAGCCCUUAUUUAUCAGCGUAAACUCAUUUAAUAGCUUAAUUCAAUAUGCCUUCAGUGUAAAUCGUUAUGAAUAAAACGGAAAAGACAUCUA